CAACUUUGAACUUACCGUCGUCUGUCUCGUCUCGUUCUCACGUGCGUUUCAAGUUUCAAGUUUUCAACGGUAUUUUGAAUUUUGUUGAGUUUUUGCUUUAAAAAACUGUAAUUUGUUGUGUUUUGCUGUUGAUAUUAUUGUUAUAGAACAUACUGUAAUGCCUAGACACGCAUAUAAGUGUUGUAUUGCUCAAUGCAGCUCUAAAGGUACAGUAUCCCACAGAUUUCCUAAUCCUAGGACAAAUAUGGAAACUUUUCUUAAGUGGGUCGAGAUAAUUGGAGGAGAUCUUAGAACUACCGAUCCAUCAUUAGUCUAUUACAAAAAACGAGUUUGCUCACUCCAUUUUGUAAACGAUGAUAUAAGUCCAGGGACCAAUAGCAAAUUAAAAGCUAUUGCUUUUCCUACUUUACAUAUACCUGUUCCUUGUACAGCAGUUUUGGCUAUGACUAGUCAAACUUGUACACCAGCACCUCUGACCGAAUCAUCAUCGAAUCAAAAUGAAUCAUUUGAGGAAUGUUUUUUGGAAGGAAUAUCUGUAUUGCCGGAUGAUUCACCUAUUCGUUUGCAUGAUAAUGAUGGACAAGUUAUGGAUUACAAUAGUAAAAAGUCUACAAAAAUAACCAAACCUAGAACUAGUUAA